AUGGGUAAAAAACAGAAUAGUAAUGGACAAAAAUCGCAAAGACUAGCUCAACAACAACGAAAAAGAGAUGAACGAGCUGCCAGGCGUGAAAUACGCCGUCAGAAAGAACAAACGCAGUCGUCGAGUGAAGAAAACAGCUUAAAGUUACAACUGAGUCGGAUACAACUGAAAAUACGCCAAAUCACCGGUGAUGGAAACUGCUUAUUUCGAGCUUUGGCUGAUCAAUUAGAAGGCCAUGAAUCCAAUCAUAUCAACUAUCGUCAACAAGUGGUGCAAUAUAUGAUCCAAAAUCGCAACGAUUUUGAACCAUUUAUGAUCGAUAAUGUCUCCUUUGAUAAACAUAUCCAAUUGCUUGGUCAAGAAGGGACCUUUGCUGGCAAUGAUGCAUUGGUUGCUUUUGCUAGAAUUCAUCGCCUUACCAUUGUCAUUCAUCAACUUAAUAAACCAUGCUGGCAAAUUGAAGGAAUAGAUGGGCCUACAAAGACUGGUAGUCGUGAACUCCAUAUUUCCUACCAUGAUUUCGAGCAUUACUCGUCUGUUCGAAAAAUUAAGGACAACCAUCCUCAUGCUGCAGCGGAUGUGAAGUUAAUUCAACUCAAAUCUGAUAGUGAUAAAAUUGCUUGCAAUGAAUCCACGAAAAAGAAACAGAAAGGGAUACAAGAUGCAACCGAAGGAAAAUGUCAUAAUAAUACUGAACCUAGAAGCCAAGAUGCCAGUCAUCCUGAUUCUAUCCCCCAUUCUCAUCCAACACCAGCUCAAGAUACAACAUCAACGACAUCCAUCGGUGCCAGUCCUACUCACUCUGAGACGUGCAUAGACAAAAAUGAAAUAACGACAACAGUGACUACUAGCGCCUUAAAUAAGAAUGCUGAUGCUACAAAUUCUAUGGGUAAUACUUUCAUCCAUCAACCAAAUGAAAUUGAAUUAGAAGUGAUGCAUUUAUCCAAUUGUACAGAUAUUAACUUGGUUAGGGAAGCCUUACGAGAACAUGAAUAUAAUAUUAGUAAUACUGUUGCUUAUAUUGUUCAAAUUGAGGAAUUAACCAGUCAAGAUGGCCAAAGCACACAAAAAACUGCAGGGCAUCAUCUUCACCAUACUGUUGCAGAGAAUGAAGAUAAAGUCGCCCUGGAUAAUCAUUCGAAUGGAAAGCUACAACAAUCAUCUUCCAAAGGGAGUAAAGGCAAUAUCAAAGGAAGACCAUCUAGUCAUCAGCAACCUAAUAAAUACAUAUCCAAUCGUCGGAGGAAAGAAUUGGCUAAAAAAGACCGACAGAAACGAAGAGACGAAAGAAAAAAAAAUAACAAUGAGACAAUACAAUCUACUCAACAAAAUCAAACUCCAGAUUUACCUAAUACCUUGCAACUUUUGCAUAUCUAA